AUGAAUAGUGGAAAAUUUUGGAAUAACUAAAAUAUUCCAUAAUUUGAUCAUAAUGAGACUUAGAAAGUUAUAAUCUCAAAUUUCUAUAAAUUUGGUAAACGAUUAGGUUAGAAGUGCUUACGUCAGUACAUCUUAAUUCGACAAUACUUAUUAUAUUCAGAUGUUGGCAAUUUUAAAAAUAUUAAAGGAAGUGUUAAAUUAGAUAGUGUCUAUGCAUAAUUUUAAAUAUCUAAUUCAGAUUGUCAGAUAUAUCUAAAAAAUAAUGGAUUUCAAAUUGUUUUAUGCACAGAUGAUACUAAUCAAUAUCAAUUAUGGGCCAAACUUUUAUCUAACUGUUGUAUACUUAAUACAUUUAAUGAGGAUAUAAUCUUGGGAAAGUUGAUUGGAAAUGGAAGCUUUUCAACAGUAAAUAAGUAUAUUAAUAAGGUUUAUGAGGGGAGAAAUAAAGAAGGUCAUCUAUUUGCAAUUAAAGCAAUACCUAAAAAGAAAUCUAAAUUAUAGACUAUUAACAAGUAAUAUGAAGAGCAGUUAUUAAGUGAAAUUUCAAGUUUAAGAGAGUUAGACCAUGAAAACAUUCUAAAGCUUCAUAGAGUUUAUGAGACAACCGAAAAACUAUAUUUAGUUACUGAAUUUAUUCAUGGUUAUGAAUUAAUCUCAAAAGCUGCCAGCAAACUUAUAUAUUAAGGAUCAGAGAUGAAAAGCUUUAUUCAUCAAAUGCUCUUGGCAAUAAAAGAUAUGCAUGAACAUAACAUUAUGCAUAGAGAUAUUAAACCAUAGAAUAUCAUGUUAAAAAAUGGCCAGCUAUCAUAACCAUGUCUUAUUGACUUUGGGUUGGCUGUAAGUACUAAGAAAAAAGGAUUUCCAUUUCCAUCCUGUGGAUCUCCUGGGUAUAAUUUAGUUUAAUUUUCUUAGUUACUCAGCCCCAGAAAUAAUAAGAUUUGAUGAAACAAAAAAAGAAUAUAGUGGAAAGUGUGAUAUUUUUAGUUUUGGCAUAACAUUAUUGGUUAUGUAUAUCUAUUUAAUAAUAUUAGACUCUAUGGAUUUAACCCAUUUAAAGCAUAAGAUUAAAAAUAAACAAUUAAGAAAAAUGCUAAUGCAUAUUUUGAAUUUCCUAGUAGCAUUUAUCCACAGGAAUGUAUGAAAUUUAAAUUAAACUAUAUUUAGUAGAACAUUUGAUUUUAUAGAUGACAAAAAAAUAUCCAAAGGAUCGUAUCACUGCUGAGUAGGCUCUUAACCAUCCGUUUUUUUAGAUUAAACUUUCUUAAACAAUUCAAUUGCCCAAGGCCAUCCUAACAAAAUAGUAAUAUGAAAUGAAUAAAAACUACAAUAAUAUUAAUGUUCAUGCUAGUUUAGAAAUGGACAGAGAGUUUGGAUUGAAUUAUGGUAUACAACUAAGUAGUUGUUCUCCUUAAAAUAAUAAAAAUAGAACUUGCACUUUAUCAAGCAAUCCAAAUAAAUUACAAUAAAUUGAUGAAUUUCAAUUGGACUGUGUUGAAGAGUCGAUUGAUAUAACUCAUUUAGAUAAGCUUAAAAUGGGUCAAAGACAUUUUUGCAAAUAGAAGUCAUAAAUCAAUGUUCAAUUUUGA